CCCGCAGCCCCCGCGAGCCCGCGGCAGCGGCAGCGCCUGGAGGGAGCGCGGGCCGGAACGGGCUCGGACACCGGGAGGGACACGAGAAGACAAGAGGAAAAGGAGAAGGCAUCCCCCUGCCGAAGGAGAAGCCCCGCGCCAUGAGCCCCGACAAGAAGCCGCCGCCCGGUCGCUCCCGUGGUGACCGGCCGCCGCCGCCCCAGCCCGUGGCCGGGCGAUCCCGGCAGCGGGGCGGGCUCCUGGCGGAGAUCCGUACGCCCAUCCGCACGGAGCCCUUCCAGGAGCGGUACAGCCUCAGCCCCGGCCGGGAGCUCGGCAGGGGAAAAUUUGCAGUGGUGAAGAAGUGUAUCCAGAAAGACACUGAAAGAGAGUUUGCAGCAAAAUUCAUGAGAAAAAGAAGAAAGGGCCAAGACUGUCGGAUGGAAAUAAUCCACGAAAUUGCAGUCCUUGAGCUGGCACAAUGCAACCUUUGGGUCAUUAACUUGCAUGAAGUUUAUGAAACUGCGACAGAGAUGAUUUUAGUCCUGGAGUAUGCUGCUGGAGGUGAAAUCUUUGACCAGUGUGUGGCUGAAAGAGAGGAGGCCUUCAAAGAAAAAGAUGUUAAGCGGCUUAUGAAGCAGAUAUUAGAAGGAGUUUCAUUCUUGCACAGAAACAAUGUUGUUCAUCUUGACUUAAAGCCCCAAAAUAUUCUGCUAACCAGUAAGUCUCCUCUGGGAGAUGUUAAGAUAGUAGAUUUUGGCCUUUCCAGAAUAAUGAAGAGCAGUGAGGAACUAAGAGAAAUCAUGGGAACUCCAGAAUAUGUAGCUCCUGAAAUUCUGAGUUAUGACCCAAUCAGUACAGCAACUGAUAUGUGGAGCAUUGGAGUAUUGGCAUAUGUUAUGCUAACAGGGAUAUCACCUUUCUUGGGGGAUGAUAAACAAGAAACAUUCUUAAAUAUAUCUCAAAUGAAUGUAAGUUACUCGGGAGAGGACUUUGACCUUGUAUCAGAGUCUGCUGUGGAUUUCAUCAAAACUCUGCUGGUUAAGAAACCUGAGGACCGGGCAACGGCUGACGAAUGUCUUCAACAUCCAUGGUUAGAACAAAGUGAUAAUCCCACUUGCAGGACCUGGAAUAAGAGUACAGAAGGGGAGACCAGUGAUACCAUCCAGAAAGAUGCAGAUUCUGCCUCUGAACAAUCAGUAGAUGCUGAGAAGACUGGAGAGGAAGAAUCAGUAGUGACAGAAGAACUAAUUGUAGUGGCUUCAUACACAUUGGGACAAUGUAGGCAGUCAGAAAAAGAAAAAGUAACUGAGCAGAAAGCCAUUUCCAAACGAUUUAAAUUUGAGGAACCAUUACUGCAGGAAAUAUCAGGAGAAUUCAUUUACUGAACUGUGUGGAGCUUCAUAGCUAUAACUGGAAGGCAGUUUUUUCUACUAAACAAAAGUAUUCUAGCAAAGUGAAUUUCUGAUAUGCAAUAAAUGUUCUAGAUAAAAGAAAGUGUUUAUAAAUGGCAUACAACAGAAAUGUGCCAAGUUCUUAUUUUCAUGGAACAGAUAAGAUUUCAAGUGGCUGACAGGAAUUUAACAGAGGAUAAGCUUAUUUUUGUUUUUUAUUUUUAUUUCUGUUUUUUUGUUGUUAUUGAUUGGUAACAGAGUUAUGUUCUGGUGUUCCUGAGAAGUUGACACUGGAAGUGUUUUGGUGACAGAUGUCAAUAGGAGUAUUUUAGGAUACAUUUUGGUAUUUAAUGUAAAUAUAUAAUGCUGGGUUUUCCUCAGACACCUCCUGACUUCAGUGGAAUAUCUGCUCAUCUAAACCUUUUAUGAGAAGAGAAUUUGAUCACCUGGUUUGACAUAUGGAUUUCAAAAUCAUCCUGUGUGUAUUUCUUUGUUUACAUCAGGUCAAAGACCCAGACUCCUCUGGUGUGUAGCUGAACUACACACCAGAGCUGAGCUCUAGACAGAGAUGCACAUGGCCCACUGGCAAAGAAAUCUGUGUUGAAGAUGUAUCUGAUUUGGGGGCACAGUAAAAUCCUGCUCCUGAGGGUGAUGUAUUUGCUUAUUUCAGUCACUUGCAAGCCAGCAGAGAUUGUUCCCUUCCCCUCCCGUGUUGGGUGAGAUGUGCCAAUAGAAUCCAGCUCACUGUGGCCAUAGGGUGCUGAUAAGAGGAAAAAACAAUGACAGCUUGAUGUAGCUCCUCUGGAGUUACUGAAGUUCCUCUCCACUGACUUUAUCAUGGUAGGUUAGGCAGUUUUUCCAGCUAAUCAGCCCUUGAUUCCACCUCCCCCAGAACCAGCUGGGGUUUUACUGGGAUCAUGAGGUCAUUUCUGCCUUCUUUCUGUUCCUCUAACUGCUGCUUUAAGGAAAAAUGGAGCAUCCUUAGGCUAAAUUGCAACUGUUCAAUAUAACUGUCAGAUGAGGAAGAAGAUACUGCUUCUUCUGAAACAGUGAAGCAUAGCUCAUGCCUCCUGCUUCCUGAUCACUCUCCCUUAGACACUUGGAAAUACAGCAUGUUAUGUGGCUGGGCAGAGUGGGAUUAGGGAGCAGUAUGGAUGAGUCAUAGUUCUCAAUGGACACAGUCCCUGAGAGGACAAAGCUGGCACCAACUAGGCAUCAAAACUGAGUGGUUUUUGCAAUGUACAGAUCUGAGGAUCUUGGACUGAGUCCUAGUUUUCUAAGAAAUCUUUCAUAUUGAUGCUGUUCCAAAGUUUAAUUUUUAUGUAAUAGAAGUUUAGUACUAUUAUAUUGCAUACUGUUAACUUUCAACUAUUUAUUUGGUUUCCUUCUGCUGUUCCUUUAUAAUAAACUCUGACAAAAGUUGUCUUGCUAUAAAACAGUGAGUAGAAAUUUUGAGCUAGUCUUUCCAUGUUGGUACAUACUUGUAUCAAAUGUUCUUACUCCAUUUAGUGAGCAGGAGUUCAGAGCUUUGUGCUAAUGUUACAGUUCCUCCUUCACACAAAAGUUAAAUGGUUUAAUAAGAGCAGCAGUACUGGGGUGAUGGAAAGGUGGGGGAAAGCACUGGUACAGAAGAAAGCUGAACGAAAUGGAGUGGGACAAUGAGUGUUUUUCCAUAAGCUUCAUUGCCAGAGGUUAGGCUGCCUUUACUUCAAGCCACAUCAGAGAAAUUGCACCUAAAUUAAACUGUUCUAUCAAGCUUCUUCCCCUGUGGAAUUAUAUAUUGAGUAUUCAUGUAGAUAGGGCAGCUUCUUGUUCCCCAAAGAUGUUCAUAAGAGAAAACAGCCAGUGGGGCUCAGAAUUGAGUUUGGAUGUGUUUUAUAUUGUAAUGCAGAGAUGCUUUUCAUGCUCUGGAGAAAGGAGUCCGUUGCUGACAGCUCUGGAUGGCUCUCAGCAGGAAAAUCUUUGAGCCAACACCAUAUCGGUGUUAACAGGGUGUUUCUGGACACAGACAGGAGCUGGCCCUACCUACAAUGCUGAUCUGUUUCUGCCCUUCACGGGUGUCUUUCUUUUACUCUCCAGUCAUUUGCCCAAGACAAUUUGCUUGGGUGAGGGGGACAUUUAUUCAUGGAAUUCUGUGCAAGAUUGUAAUUUCUCCCAUCUUCCACCAUUGUCAUUUUGACAUUUUUCCCCCCUUACUUUACUAAGUUGAGCAGAGCAGUGACGUUGAAGCAUGUUCAUAUCCUACCCUUGCCAGUAUUGCACACAUAAAUGUUUAAUAACUCCUGGUUGCCCAAAGCAAAUUAUUUGAGAGAUGUAUAGAUGUAUACCCAUUUCACUUCCUCUUUGUAACCACAGAUGAUGUCUCAGAUUGAGACUGGUACUAAUGGAAAAGAGUAAAUGCCAAGCAGUACAUAUUUUGUCCUAUAUAUACUGUUUUUAAUAUAUGACAGUGAAGCUUAACAUGUAUACAUUAAAUACAUACUUAUUUCAAGGCCAGCUUUUCUUGAAUGGGCUGCUUUGAGAUUUUCAGUGGGCUGCAUUUCUGUUUAACUUUUUGUGCCUUAAGGUGGUUUUAUACAGUGUUUUUUAACGUCAUUAAGAAUUUGUAUGAAGUUGUAAAAGUUUAAUAAUGUAAAUUAUAAGCAAGGCAUCUUAGAUUCACCCUAUAACAGGAAAAAUUUUCCAUAUAAUUUAACUGCAGGACUAUCAGACAGACCCACACCCUUAAGGCUGUUUCUGUUCCACUGUGAAUGUGGGUAAAGCUGCAAAUGAGGUGUUCUUACCGUGAGCUGUAGGAAGGGGCUGUUGCAGUCAGUGUUCUUGAGGAGCUGUUAUGACUGAAGUAACACAUCAGUAAGACUGGGAGCAAACCAUGAGCUGUGAGGAACAGCUGGUUUGCUGCAGCUCCAUGAAUAGGGAGGACUGUGUGUAUGUACACAGGUCAUCUGGGAAAAGCUGCUCUGUUUGUGGAGAAGGGGCUGCUUGUGAAGAAAGAAUCAGCUCCUUGGACCUUGUGGGCAAUGCUCUACCAAUCCCCUCUCCAGACUGAGCACAUGCUGGCUGCCUUUGUAGCAUGGGGAGCAUGGCUGCUGUUUGCUCAGAUGUAGGGUGCUGAAGGAACGGAAGGGCAGAUGUACCUACAGAGUUGUUACCUGUUCACAGAAGAGCUGUGAGCUGUAUCAAUAGGAGAGGUAGGUCCAGGCCUAGGCCUUCUUUCAGUUGUUUCAGUUGUUGGAAUAAAUAGCAAAGUCCUAACAAAAAGCACAGCCUUGUCUCCUCUUGUUGCUAUAUUCACCUCUUUAAGGGAGAGGCUUAUAGAUUUUAUAGUUGCUAAAUUAAAUGUUCUACAAAAUAAUAUUUUUCUUUUUGUCCAAUGUGGAAUUUGCAUCGUGAUUUGUCGCAUUUGUCACAUUUUUGUGUGCAGGUCCUUAAAUACAAAAGGGUGAUUUCCAGUUUGUGAUCUACGCCCUGAAUCUUGAGACCUUUUAGGUCACAAAUGCAAUUAAAAGUUCGAUGCCCAUUCUCCACUGGUGGUACUCACAAGGGCUGGGGAGGGAAGUGGGCCUUGCAUCACAUUACUCCGUGACUUGAGAUCUCUCUUGAAUAUUUCAGGUGUUGUUCCUGAAAGACAGGUCAACAUUUUAAAGAAAUAGUGCCAGUUCAUUGUACUUCUGAUAAGGUGUUUACUGUUUCAAAAACUUUUCAAUAAAUGAAAUUUUGUUUUCUGAACA